AUGCCGUUUGCCGAUUUGCCGAUCUUGAUUCUUCAGAACGAAAAGAAGAGAUCAAGGGGUACAAAUACCGCAUUUCUUAAUAUCGUCACGGUGCCAAGGGCAGCAGUAGCAGUGGAGCACGCGAUUCAAGCUCCCACAGUAUCCGGAAGUUCCAGCACAAGAUGCUGGUGAAAGGGUAUCACUUACCGCCAAACCUCACCGAACAUAUCGGCGUCUCCGCGAAGCGUGCGGAGACCACGAUACCUGUGCGAUAAUCUAGCAAAUCAUUCGGAACCCGCUUUUUUUCCACACACCCUGUGCCAAGACC